AUGGUUCGAAUCGUUGCCUGGCCAUUGGCCCUGUUCACUGCGGCCGCGUUGGCUGCCUCCUCCGAUGACUUGGGCUCUGUUCUUCAAAGACAGCACAAUCUCACAACCUUUUAUGACUUGAUCAAGAACAACUCUGAUGUACUGUUACAACUUCCCAACUACAAUGGUGUCACUAUCUGCGCGCCUUCAGACAAGGCUUUUGAAAACAUCCCCUACACAUCUCUCAACGACGUCUGGGACCCCAGCGACGUGGCCAAGACGACCGCCUUGCUGCAGUACCAUAUCCUCCAGGGCAGCGUCACCAUUGCCGACCUCGAGUCGGGGCCGACAUACCUCGAGCGCACGCUCCUCACGGCGCCGGCCUACACCAACGUGACGGCCGGCCAAAACGUGCUCAUCGACAAGCAGCCCGGCGACACGAUUGUCCUGACCAGCAGCCUCGGCACGCGCUGCACCGUGAUUGAGCAAGACAUUGCCUUUUCGGGCGGCCGCAUCCACGUCAUUGACAACCUGCUGAUCCCGCCGGCGCCGCUGCGCGCCACGGCCGCCACCUUUCGCGCGCAGUCGUUCCUCGCGGCGCUCUACGCCGCGGGCCUCAUGCCCGACGUCGACGACCGCCGCAACGUGACCGUGUUUGCGCCGCGCGACGCUGCCAUGGACCUCGUCGGCGGGUCGCUCGAGGCCGCACUGCAGGGGCGCGGAGGAAAGGCGGCACUCGCCCGCGUCAUGGGCUACCACGUCGUGCCGGGCCGCAUCCUGUCCUCGACGGAUCUCGUCAACGGCACCGUCUUGACCACCCUGAGCGGCGGUAGCAACGCGACAAGCAGCGGCGGCGGCGGCGGCGGCGGCAACCCGAGAUUGGUGGUGCGGCAGGCGGGCAAUGACAAGUUUGUCAACUCGGCCAAGAUUGUGCAGCCCGACAUCCUGCUCGCCAACGGCAUCAUGCACCUCGUCGCCGACGUGCUCAACCCGGACGCACCGUCGGCCACGCCCGACCCAACCCUCGCCAGUCAGCCGCCCGUCUUCCCCGUCAGCGUCGCCAGCAGCCCCUUUGCGUCGGCUCUGCCCUGCACCUCCGACUGCCCGACGAGCACGAGCGCCGCCACCGCAUCGUCUACGACGACGACGACGACGGCCAGCAGUGGAGGCGGCAAGCCCACGUCCAGCAAGAACGGGGCCGUCCCGAAGCCGACAGCCCACGCGGCCGCCGCGGCGCUUGGUGUCUUGGGCGCUGGCCUGCUGCUGUAG